CACAAUUUCGUUUGGACGGAAAAAGUCAAUCACGCACAAAACGCACACACGCCCACACAGAAAGAAAACCUACUCCGUCCGUCCAUGGCGUCAGUCAUCACUUCCAUACUCUCUUGAAUCCUUUACCAGACUCCAUAAUCUUCUGUCUUCCGAGCAUGUCUUCCGACACUUCGUCGGGUUCCCCCACCGCUCCGCUCCUCCGCUCGAGGCAGCCCUCCUCCAACGGCUCCCGAGCUUCGACGCUCUCCCUCCUCCUCUCCCGAGCUGUCUCCUCUACCCAGCGCCGGGGAGGAGCUUCUAUGCUGGUCCGGGAGACCGCAGCGCGAGAGCUUGAGGAGCGCCGAGCCGACUGGGGGUACUCGAAACCCGUCGUUGCCCUCGACAUUAUGUGGAAUUUGGCCUUUGUGAUUGUGUCUAUAGUUAUGUUGAUUUGCACAACUAAUGAGAAGCCGAAUGUGCCAAUUAGGGUUUGGGUCUGUGGGUAUGCUUUCCAGUGUUUGGUGCAUGUAGUCCUUGUUUGGGUGGAGUAUAAGAGGCGGAAUUCGUCGCAAGAGAGAAAUUUGGACGGGGCCGGGGGCAGAGAGGAAGAGAAUCAGAGUGAGAAUGAAGAAGAGGAGAGCGAAGAGAGCGGGCUCCUUGGUAUUGCCGGUGUAUCUAGCAGGGUGAAACGAUGUGAAUCUGUGAACACAAUGGUAUCAUUUCUCUGGUGGAUUGUCGGCUUUUACUGGGUUGUCUCGGGCAGUGAAAUUCUAUUAACAAGUGCUCCACGUUUAUAUUGGUUGGCUGUGGUAUUCUUGGCAUUUGAUGUAAUCUUUGCCAUAUUUUGUGUUGUCUUAGCAUGUCUUAUUGGGAUUGCUCUCUGCUGCUGCUUACCUUGCAUCAUUGCCAUUCUUUAUGCUAUUGCUGGCCAGGAAGGUGCAUCAGAGGCAGAUCUGAGUAUCCUACCCAAAUACAGAUAUCAAAGCUGCAAGGACGAGGAUAGAGUAGGCUAUGCAGCUGGCAGAAUGAUUCCUAUUGAAACAAGCAGUGGGUACAUAAUUAACGAGCGGAUUCUUUUACCUGAAGAUGCAGUAAGUUUCUUGUGUAUUCUCAAAUUAAGGAAUGCUGUAUAUGUCUCUGUACAUACGAGGAUGGGACUGAACUACAUGCUCUUCCCUGUAACCAUCACUUUCAUGCUGUAUGUAUCGUGAAAUGGCUUAAAAUGAACGCAACAUGCCCACUAUGCAAGUAUAACAUCCUCAAGGGGAAUGAUCAAGUCUAAAAUCGUUAUGAAGGGAAUCAGAAAACUGUCUGGUAUUUCUCAUAUUUGCUUCAGAUUCUCUAUUUACUUUGAUGUUUCUUGGGAGUCGGUGCUAAUGUAUCUGCUUUUCCUCUAUAUUUAUGGGAAUAAGAUGGAGUAGAUUUUCUGUAAAUGGUCGCUGUGGAAAAUUCUUAGCUAAUUUUUCUACUUACUCACAUUCAAAAGCUUCCGCCUUGUAAAUUUUUCUUGGUUGAUGUAUAAAAGGAUGAUCGUAUGCACAUACAUAUAUAUGUAUAUAUAUUACAGAUUA